AUGGCGCCUGUGUCGGCCACUCUCGGUAGUCAACUUGGCUCUCCAAUCCUUGUUGAGUCCCGGGAUGGAGACCAAGACACCGCCACGAGGGCUUCCCACCUUGCCGUCUCACUCGAAUCUCUAUGA